AUGAGUGGCUGCAAACCAACAGAUACACCAAUGGAUGCGAACUCAAAACUUGGAGUUAAUCCCAAAGAUGAACCAGUUGAUCGAGGGAUAUAUCAACGUCUAGUUGCGAAGCUUAUAUAUUUAACUCAUACUCGACUAGACAUUAGCUUUGCGGUUAGCGUGGUAAGUCAAUUUCUAAACAAACCUUCAAAGGAACAUAUGGAAGAUGCGUAUAGAAUAUUGAGAUAUCUCAAGCACGAUCCUGAAAAUGGACUCAUGUUCAGGAAGACCACAAACCAAGCUCUUGAAGUCUACAAUGAUGCAGAUUGGGUCAGAUUUCCAAUUGACUGGAAGUCAACAUCAGGAUAUUGUUCCUAUGUAUGGGGGAACUUAGUAAUCUGGCGUAGUAAGAAACAAUAG